AUGGCGAAGACAUCGUUGCUGGACUCCAUUCUUGGACGUCCGUCACAGAGCUAUGCUUCGCCUGGCAGCAGUGGUGCCAUGACCCGAGACGAAGCGUAUCGUGGCGGGUCCGAGUACUCGGCCCCGCACAGCGCGCGACCGUACACCACGCGCCCUAGCUCGCGUAGUGGUAUGCCGCCGCGCAGUGGCAUGUCAGAGGCAGGCGCAUACAAACAGCGCCACAGGGCCAGCAGCAGCAUGGGCUAUGCACCGGACACAGCAUUGCCAGAUGCACACGCGUUAGUGCCUGACAUGAAUACCGUCAACCCCUUCUCGCGUUGGUGGGAGAACCGUGGCUUGAUGGAAAAGCGGCCGACGAUGGACGUCACGUCUGAGCCUGGUGGUCCGUUCUCGGACCGCUGGCGUCGUGAAGUCGCUUCGCACGAGGCACGUAGCGAGGCCAGCGGGCCGAUGCGCUACGCAGGCCAGCGUAGUCGCACAGGCAAACACAUAAGUCGCUCCGCCAGUAGCAUGGGCUACGCACAGCAGCCAGCAUUGCGGCAGGAUCGACGCUCCGUCUCGUCGCAGGGCAUGCGCGAUGCUAGUGAAUGGCACUCGUUCAUGCGUACGUUUGAGCAGCGGGUAUCGAGCGCCAGCGAUCAGCGCCUGGAUGUGGCAUUGCCUACCGAGGAGGCACCUAUGGAUACAUCGCAGCUUGGCAUUGCAUUGACACAGGACCCCUAUGAUACACCCCAGAGAGCGUCGCCUUAUGCGCAGCGGGUAGCGCCUUCCAGCAUGGCGCGAUCACCCAUGCCGACGCGACGUGACUCGCAAAGGCUGACGUCGCCUGCGCCGCCGAGCCGACGGAACUCGGCCUUGCAAGCGCCGCCAACGACGACAUCCGCCCCCAUGUUGGAGGAGCCUACCGACGAAGAGUUGGUUCAGCUGUCCUGGAACGCAUCGCUCUACUUUAAUGAGCAGGGCGCGAUAGAUGCAUCGCCUGUGAAGACUGGGGCCGCGCAGCGUACGUCGCCACGCAAUGCCAUGCCACCGGCGCCCCCUGCGUCGGAGAUGCCUGCGUCACGCCCGUCUGUGCGUAUCCAGUCUGGUCCUACAUCUACCUCGAUGCCGCGGUCGCAGACGUUCCAUACCGCGCCGUCAAGCGGCUUGAAGCAGCCCAAGGAAUUUGAUGUGGGCGGCUCGAUGCGUCGGCGUGUGGAAGGUCUCUUGCGGCCGCUGCAAGAGCAUCGCGUCUCCACCAUCUCCGUCUCGGAUUCGCUCCUUCACGACCUGGAUCCGUCGGUGGCAGCAUGGGCCACUACAGGCACCAGCGAUGUGGGUCAUACCGAGCCGGCCGAGCGCGCCACGACGCCACGCACGAGUCGGCACUUCGAGGCGCCCAAGACGCCGUCAGGCAAAGACACCUUUUCGGCGCCCAGCACAACGCCCAGCCGCCGCAUCUUGGAUCGUCCACGCCAGCGUGGGCCGCGACCGACGGCUAUGGGCGGCAUUGAAAUUGCGCAUGGCUCGCUGCCGGCGCCCUCCCCUGGCCAUACACCGCGCCGCAGCGUGUCGGAGCAGACCUAUGCACGCCACGCGUCUCCGGUGCCGCCUGUACCGAAGAUCAAGACGUCGAUUACGCCGCUGCAGCCACCCGUCGCUACGUCGUCAAACCCACAUGGCCCCACGCCCGUGUACACGUCGGAUCCCUUGGCCCAUCGCGACCAAGGCUAUGUGACGUUGGCCGAUACGCUAAACGAGCCUAACCCCUCGUCGGACUGGGACCCCAUUGACCGGAUCCCACCCAUGACGACGACCCGUCAGCCAGCGACAGGCACGUCGCCUGCGCCUCCUUCGCGCGCAGAUGUACGCUUUAGCACGUAUACGCCCUCGGAGCAUGUCUCGGAACUGCAGCAUUACCUGCCUCUGAUUCACGGCGAUGAGGUCGAUCGCGCUUCGUCGAUGCGUCAUUCCCGCUCGCUCUCGCAUAGUGCGCUACCGCCGUCGUCCCUACCGCCCAGCACAUCGCAGCCACGCCGGAUCUCUUCGCACGAUAUUCGGGCAAGUCAAGCAUUGCAGAAUGUGCAUGCCAGUGAGGCAUCGCACAAGGGGCUGCCGCCCGUGGAUGUGACGCCGGCGCCGGCGCCAGCAUUGUACGAUGGACAGCCCUCGCACACCGAGGCGCUGCCGGCCUUGUCGUACUUGCAGGCGACGUACCCGCCGAGCACCACACCACAGACGGUAUUCGAGCACUCGCCGACGCUCCCGACGUCUAUGCCCGAGUCGGCGGACGCGUAUGCGGCAUCGUGGCCUACGGAGCGGACAAUGCCGCAGCCGCCGUCGAAGCCGGAGCCGCCCAUUCCUCCGAAGCCGCCGACAAUGCCGGUGAUGCCAUCCAAGCCGGAGAUGCCGUCCAUGUCAUCCAAACCUGAGAUGCCAGUGAUGCCAUCCAUGCCAUCCAUGCCGGAGAUGCCAACGAUGCCCUCAAUGCCGUUGAUGCCAUCCAAACCGGAGAUGCCAACGAUGCCAUCCAAGCCGGAGAUGCCAGCGAUGCCAUCUAUGCCCUCAUUGCCAUCCAAACCGGAGAUGCCAACGAUGCCCUCAAUGCCGUCGAUACCAUCCAAGCCGGAGAUGCCAACGAUGCCAUCCAUGCCGUCGAUACCAUCCAAACCGGAGAUGCCAUCCCCCACGUACCCUACGUACCAGCAACAGCAGCCUGUGUACGCCGCGUACGAGGCCAGCAUGACUAUCCCUGCCUCCCAGUCGAUGCCACCGUUCAAGCCAGCCGUCGCGGUACCAGCGAAGCCUACACCGCCGGUGCCACCGCUCAUGCCUGCGCCGCCGUCGGUGCCGACGCUGGCGCCGCUGGAUACGACCAAGCAGCCUGCCUUCUCAGGCCAGACGUCGCCGAGUUUGUCGCCGUCGCCCAGCUUGCGAACACGCUCGCCGUUGUCGCCGCGUGUGCAUAUGGGCCCUGUGCCCACGCAUCCAACGCUGCCGCCGCCUCGGGCAGAGCUCGUCUUGUCGCCGCGGGAUCGUGAUCAGGGCAGCAGUGCCGCGUCGAUGUAUCGCAUGCGCGGCGCAUCGUCGCCCGAUCGACAGCAUUUGCAUCCAGGUACCUGGACCGACGUGGGCUCCGUGUCGCCUAGUGUAUGGCGCGAUAACCAAUCAGGCCACCUCUCGCCAGAGCCGGGCCGUCGUCGGAUGCCCGACUCGGACGCGAUGAGCGCCACAUCGUACCAGCCCAUGCAAGCCUCGUCGGUGCUGGGUGGGACCCGUGAACCGUCGCCCGCUGCCUCGUUGUCGACGGCUGCAGCGCAGAGCUCGGUGAUGAUGAAGCAGGCACCGCUGGGCGCCUCCACGAACCAGUACCUUGGCCUCGGGGCGACAGCCGGCGCUGCGGCGCAGGAAAGUUCCUCGGCGUUGACGAUGCCGGGCGGCGGUGCUGAGUCUAUUCCGCCGAGUGUCACAGGUCAGUCCAUGUCCGUGAGUGCGCGUGUGACCGAGCAGAUGCUGCGUCGUCGCGCGACCAUGGUCACGGUGAACGUCAUAAGCCGCGGCCCUACGGCGCAGCCGACAUCAGGCAACCUGGCGCGUGUCAAGUCGGAAGAGAGCGCGUCAGGUAGCAUUGUGUUGGCGUCCAACACGCCGCCACCGCACAAGGUGUCGUCCAAGUCGCUGAUUGUGCAGGUGAUGGCAGUGGCGAUUGACGAUGUGGAUCGCGCGAUCGUCAACGAAAAGCUGAGGAGCGAGACCCCUGGCACGUUUGUGCCGGGCCGCAGUUUCUGUGGCCGUAUUGUCGAGUGUGGUCUCUCGGUGAAGAAGCUACGGCCUGGUGACUUGGUCUUUGGUCUGCAAGACUUGCGCAAGUGCGGUGCCUUGGCCGAGUUUAUGACGGUGGAUCAGGAGUAUGUGGCACCGGCGCCAGACAGUCGCCGCCUCACUGCGGAGCAGAUUGCCGCGCUCCCGGCGACGGGUGUGAUGGUGCAUCAGAUUGUACAGCAUCACUGCAUGGUCCUACCCAAAGGCUCCCGUGUGCUUAUUCUCAACGCCCAUGAUAAUAUCGGAUUGCUCGCCAUGCAGGAGACCUCGCGCUUGGGCCUAGUCAUUGUCGCGCAUGUGCCUGACACCGCGGCCGACGGCGUGAGCAUAUGUCGUGCGAAUGGCGCCGUGGAAGUGAUUUCAGGCGAUGCGUUGUGGGCAAUCAAUAUGCUGCAUGAAUCAAGCUUUGCCUUGAUCAUUGAUACCAUCGGCGGCCGUAACAUUUACGAUGCGUGCCGCCGUAUUCUGGCCAACCAUGGCCAGUUUGUGACAUGUUUUGGCGAUGGCCAUGCUGUGCCGAACCCGACGCACCGAUCUCAUUUGCGCAGCUUGCGUCGCUCGUUCUUCCGCAAAGACCGAAAAGCCAUUGGGUACGAGUGGAUCGGCAUCGAUGCAAGCACCGACUACCGCGCGGCCCUGGAAGCGAUCAAGAGCGCGGCGCAGCGUGGAGCGAUCACACCCCGCAUUCAGUCGGUCAUCCCCCUCGACGAUGCCCCGCGUAUCUUUAUGGAGACCAGCAGUUUCAGUGGUGGCGUAGCGGUCGUGCGUGUAUCGUAA